UUCAGCACAUUCAAAGGAAAGGGGUUUGGAGUCCAGUUCAGUGCUGAGACCGUUUACUCCGCUUCCAUCUACCAUAAACUUCAAUGCAGAUGCAGAAGGGUAUAUGUCUAUCUAUCCAAAGUUUGAAAUAGACGUGGGGAUAUCCUGGGGCUAUGGUGACCUCUUCAGUAUUGCAUUCAGCGCACCAUUGGAAAUAAGCCUCAAACCUGAACUGAAACUACACUUUGAGAUGGAGAAAGAGUUGGGCGCACUUGCAACAGGACAUCUUCAUAUCACAGGCGGCUUAAAACUUGUCCUUGCUAAGAAGAAAGCAAUUAGCUUAAAUAUUGUGGCAAUGGGAACAACAUGGUGGAGUUAUGAGUUUUACCAUGAUGCGUUCCAUAAGCCAAUAUCCUUAACAAAUGACGUUGCCGUAGUAAACAAGAGAUGCAUGGUUUGCAUGGCACUGAAAAAAGGAAGUCGGCGUAAACGCUACGCAAAUGCAUGCCCAGUUAGCAAUGUGUACCAAAAAGGCAAUAACAUAAAUGGGCCUUUACAAAGCAAGGUUGCUGUGUUGGAAGAUUUAGUGAGAAGCAAUACAGGAAAAGGUAUAUACUAG